CUGGGACAUGAUGUUCAGGUUCAGAAAGGCCGCUAUCACGAAAAUGGAAAACUGGUGAUGCCGUACUCUCCAAUAAACCUGGCGAUAUCCAAUAGGGUAUUUCUGGUUAAACCAAAAACCACCCCGCCGGUUACACGUAGCCUAGGGCGCCUACGGAGCAAGGAUGGAUUACCUAGCUGCCUCGUGGCGCAGUGUGAGGCGGCAUUCCAUUCGGAGUCCGGAGUUGUCGUGACAGUCGGAUUGAUUAGCCUGGGUUAGUUUCUGGCGGGAUCUUGAAAAGAGUAUAUAAGGGUAGAGAUAGCUUGUCGGCCCCGUUCCAGUCUAUAGCCUUGUUCUUUACGCUACUUUCUACAGGAUGUGUCCCAAAGGCAACAUCACACUGAACAUGUCGUCGUCAUCUGCUCUGAGUCUUGAAGAGAAGGAACACUUCCUCACUCAUGGCUGGGUCAAGAUCCCGGCUGCCUUCACGCAGCAGAGAGCACAGGAAAUCAUCGCCAAUGUUUGGACGAGACUAGGAAUGGAUCCAAACGACAAGUCCACCUGGAACAAAGAACGUGUCAACAUGCCCUCACAUAUGGAGUUCGACGCUGCAGACUUUGCCCCUCGUGCCUGGGCAGCCAUCAGCGAGCUUUGCGGCGGCGAGGAUAAGAUCGCGAACUGGUCGAAGAAGUGGAAGGACUCCCUUAUCGUCAACCUGGGCACACCACAGAAAGAAGGGAAACCAGUCCCCCCGCAAAAGCUGGACAAUUGGCACGUCGAUGGUGACUUCUUCGUCCACUACCUUGACAGCCCGGAGCAGGGCCUGCUCGUCAUUCCUCUCUUCACCGAUAUCAUGCCCGAGGGCGGCGGGACCAUGAUCUGUCCGGAGGCAAUCCCUAUCCUCGCCAAACACCUGUACGAGCAUCCCGAGGGUGUCUCGCCACGUAUGGCACCCCGCAGCGAUGCCGAGUUCAAGCAAGAGCAGCAUCUCAACUGGUUCAACAACACGGCCAAGGGUUGCACCCAGUUUGUCGAGGCAACAGGCAAGGUCGGAGACGUGUACUUACUUCAUCCGCUGAUGCUGCACUCGGCCUCCAGCAACGCGAAGAGGAACGUCCGCAUCAUUACCAACCCGCCAGUAGCGCUGAAGCAGCCGUUCAACUUUGAUAGGGAGGACGGCAACUAUUCACUCGUCGAGCAGGUGACGUUGCGGGCUCUUGGAAAAGACCGCCUGGAAGGCUGGAAGAUUACCAGGCCAAGAGAACAGAUUGUCCCGGAGAGAGUCAGGAUCCAGGAGAGGAUGAAGCAGGAGGAGCUGGCGAGGUUGGAGGCUUUGAAGAAGGCGGCCGGCCCGGGAGCAUCACAGGGUGUACAGGCGGCGGCAUGAUAUUUUGCGGACGUUGUGCGUUAUUGUACGAUUUUCUAGUAGGACAGCUUAUGUCAAAGUCAACAUAAAGAAGUUGGAGAUAUGGGAUGAUGAAACUGCAAAAAAGAACCUCAAUGGCCGGC